AUGAGGGGCGACAGGAAGAUCGGAGUGGCGAUCGACUACUCCAAGAGCAGCAAGAACGCGCUGGACUGGACGAUCGAGAACCUGCUCGACAAAGACGAGACGCUGAUUCUUCUCCACGUCCUGCCGGAGGGGGGAAACGAGACUGGGAACCAGCUCUGGUCGUCAUCGGGAUCCCGUGAGCUCUUCUUGUCUUCUCCGAUCGUUAUCGCCUCUUUGCCGUGCGAUCCUAGCGUCUGCUUAUGGGAUGUUUGUUCUACGCGCGGCCGCAGCUCUGAUCCCGUUGGUCGAGUUCCGGGAGCCCGAGGUGCUAAAGCGCUACGGCCUGAAGCCGGACAUCGACGUUCUCGACGCGCUCGACACAGCCGCCAGGCAGAAACAGGUUAUCUGGAGUUCCACACGCAUCUGUGCCUUCCGCAGCGCUUUCCUCUUUGUUCUGCGUUCCUGCUUAUUAUAUACGCAUAUCCUUCCGCCGUUGCUUCCCUUCGAAGUAAGGGACGCGCGGAAGCUGAGCACCGAAUGGAUGAGGAUUCCUCGUCUCUGAUUCCGUUCGUCUUAAUGUGGACCAUUUAUUUUUUCACUUACGGCUGGUGGAAUCCGGCCAGGCGAAAAUCGUGACGAAACUGUACUGGGGCGAUGCUCGUGAGAAAAUCUGCUCCGCCGUCGAGGAUCUGAAGCUGGACUCGCUCGUAAUGGGAAGCAGGGGUCUCAGCACGCUCCGAAGGUAUCUCUACUCCACAUCCAACUCGAUGCAUACGUCUCAAUGGAUGAACAGGACUGGCUGAACAGUAUCGGAAAUCUUCCGCUAACCGCAGGAUCCUGCUGGGGAGCGUCACCAGCUACGUUAUGUCCCACGCAUCUUGCCCCGUGACCAUCGUCAAGGACCCCGACUUCAAGCCCUGA